AACCCAGUGAGAGCUGCAAACAUGUCUGGCAAGCCAGUGUGCAUUGCAGAUUUUGAAGAGUAUGCUAAAACCUUUCUGCCCAAAUCCGUGUACGAUUAUUACUGCUCUGGGGCCGAUGACCAGGAAACACUGGCAGAUAAUGUAGCAGCAUUUUCCAGGUGGAAGCUGUACCCGCGGGUGCUCAGGGACGUGUCGGUGAUGGAUCUGUCCACCUCAGUCCUGGGGCAGAGGGUCACCAUGCCCGUGUGCGUGGCCGCCACCGCGAUGCAGCGCAUGGCUCACCCGCACGGAGAGACGGCGACCGCCAGAGCGUGCCAAGCCGUGGGGACAGGGAUGAUGCUGAGCUCCUGGGCCACGUCCUCCAUCGAGGAGGUGGCUGAGGCAGCUCCGGGUGGCCUCCGCUGGCUGCAGCUGUACGUGUACAAGGACCGCGAGGUGACGGAGUCGCUGGUGAGGCGGGCGGAGAGAGCCGGAUACAAAGGGAUCUUCGUCACCGUGGACACCCCGUACCUGGGCCGGCGCCUCGCCGAUGUCCGCAACAAAUUCCAGCUGCCCCCGCACCUCAGAUUAAACAACUUCUCGAGCAAUGACCUGGGAUUUUCCUCAGGGAAAGACUUUGGAGAAAACAGCGGGCUGGCUGUGUACGUUGCUGAGGCCAUCGAUGCCACCAUCAACUGGGAGGACAUCAAGUGGCUGCGGGGACUGACCUCGCUGCCCAUCGUGCUGAAAGGGAUCCUCAGGGCUGAUGAUGCCAAGGAAGCUAUAAAGAUUGGGAUAAAUGGGAUCCUGGUGUCAAAUCACGGAGCACGACAGCUUGAUGGGGUCCCUGCUACUAUUGAUGUCUUGCCUGAAAUCGUGGAGGCUGUGCAGGGGAAGGUGGAGGUGUUCCUGGAUGGUGGUGUAAGAAAAGGCACCGACGUUCUCAAGGCAUUGGCUCUUGGUGCCAAAGCUGUUUUCAUUGGGAGACCUGUCCUCUGGGGAUUGGCUUAUCAAGGUGAAGAGGGAGCAAAAGAAGUUCUGCAGAUGCUGAAGGAAGAGUUUCGCCUGGCAAUGGCACUGACAGGAUGCCGGAGAGUAGAAGAAAUUGGCAGGACACUGAUCCGAAGACAUCAAGCAUUGUUUUCCAAGAUUUAGGUCUGAAGACUCUUGCCUUGUGUGUUGCCUGUUGUGCUUCCAGACAAAAUCCGACUGCAUUCCCUCUGUGGGCCUCCUCCUGCAAUCCUGACUGAGGGAACACUCUGCUUUGUAGGAGAUCACUUGUUGAAGAAAGGACUCAAAGCAAAUUUUACAGGUGUUUCCAAAUCUCUCAGGCUCUUAAGGAAAGCUGCUACACUGGGAGGUGUGAUUAGAGAUAGGCCUUUAUCCAAGACCAGCAUAGAAACUUCAAUGUGUAUGUGCAAAUGCUGAUAAUUAAUUUCUAUGCCUGGGAGUAAUUUAGCUGUUAAAGUGAAACUAUAAACAGAAAUGUUUUGAUAGCAAACAGAAAUGCUGAAAUUUAAAAUGCAAAAGAUGCUUCUUGCUCACUGUUUAGAGAAACUAGACUGCAGAUUGUAGAGAUUAAAUCUUGCUUUCUUAUGAACAGAAUGUCCUUUCCCUAGUGACUUUAUAAGCAUCUGGGCUUGUGGCACGUAGGCUGUAGGAGCCCAGAGGACUCUUGCUUGGAAGGAAGAAAAGAGCAAAGCAAAAGUGGGGAAAUGGAGCUGUGUAAGUGGCACAAGCCCCCCUGCAGUCAGACAGCUGUUAUGUACGUGCACUGCAUGUACGUCAGAUCCUUGGCUCAAGCAUCAACAUCCCUGUAACCCAAACUGUGCCAGCUGCAUCCACCUGGAGCUCCAAGUCACAUUUGUCACCUGGAUUGAUUAGCUACCAGUGGCAAGGGAAGGCUGACGCUACCUGGGAGAGUUUGUAGAAUUUGCAGCCAUGUGCAAAGGGAAACUCGAAUAACUGAGGUAUUAACCCAUGACUUGGGAAGAGCCUAGUGGCUCUGUUGAGUUUCCAUGCACACCCUUUAGUCAGAUAAAUCUUGGUGUUCUUCACUCUGCUUGUGAUGAGGAUGCAGAGACACUCAGGAUGUGCCUCUGUUCUCUAAACAAUCCAAAUAUCCACUGAAUUCAGGAGAAAUUUUGCAACUGCAAAAAACAAAAGAGGUAAGAAUAUACUGUUCUCAUCUUGGGUAAAACCAAAGGUAGCUCUUCACCUGUCUCACCUCCCUUGCAGGUGUGGCAGUUUUACAGGGAACAGGGAGAGGACACAUAGGUUUUGAAUAUCUUGCUGUGAAAAUGUAAUGUUCAUUUUUAAAGAAGACUAAAAAAGAGAAAACCCCCUUAAUUUCAUGGCUUCACUGACAUCACCAUCUCCACCAUUUGUUUCCCAUCAGCCUCGUGCAUUCUGACUCUCCCACUUUGCUUGGUUUGAAAUAUCCCUUACUGAGCUUUAGAGGCAGCUUUGUAAUGAAAUGAUGGAAUAUUAUAAUGUGAACUAAAGCUGGGGCUGGAACUUGAAAUGGGGAGAAAACCCAAAAGGCCACAUGCUUGCCCUCCAGUUGUAAAAUUUGUACUCUUAUUUACUGCAGAAUGUGGUCUGUUGUGUGAGAGUUGCGUAGCAACAAAAUAAAGUUUAUCUGUGCAAGGAAAUAUGAAUGUUUCUCAGAGCACAGAGAAGCAUAA